GUAAACAGCAUAACAUCUCACGAGGAACGGUUUUUCGGCCAUUUUAAUCCGAAUUUUAUUCGAUUCAAGUUGCGCGAUGACAUAUUGGAAUUCAUGUACGAACGAUUGUUAAUAUGUACAAAUUGUUCUAACAUCAUCAUUAAAUUAUGACUAGUUUCUCUUUCUGAUGAAAUUCAUGUUAAUCUUGGUUUAUCUCACUUGAUUUGACGAAAAUUGACAAGGAUAAUUUAACGAUUAUAAAUCACGUGUAUAUGAAAAAUAGUUUUAUCCCUGAAUUAAUCUCUUUCAGAGUUUAAAUAUCAUAUAUUUAGCAAGUACUUGAACGUGAUCAAAAUGAUUGACGUAACGCAGAAAAAUAUCAACGAAAAUGUACUGAAAUUAGUGAACAGAAUUCACUAUGGAGAUAUUAAGGGUACAUAUAACAUCGUAAUGGCUACCAUUUCCGUGCUGAAGGAAAUCAUCAACAAUACAGAAUGGAACACAGCAAAAAAUUUAAUGGACAAUAUCACGCUGAACGGAAAGUAUUUGAUUGAGGCGCUUCCUCUGGAGGCUUCUAUUGGAAAUAUGGUAAGAAGAAUGCUGCAGAUUAUUAGAGAAGAGUAUAUUUCGGAAUUAAAAAAUAAAACAGAAGAAACAGACCCUCAAGAAUCCUUGCACAAGAUUCUCACUGCAGAAAGUGAUCAACAAAUAGACUUUAAUACCUCGGUGCCUUCUCUCAAAUCUGCUCUCCUUGAGCAUACUGUCGAAUUUGAAACCGAGUUGGAAACAUGUUUAGAAAACAUUACAGAGCAAGCAUCUGAACACAUACAUUCGAACGAGAUUAUAAUGACCAUUGGAAAAUCGAAGUUGGUUGAAGAAUUUUUUAAGAAAGCUGCCAAUAGCAGAGCCUUCGACGUUAUAGUAGCCGAGGGUGGGCCGUUUUUAAACGGUCACGAAAUGGCCGUAAACCUGGCUAAGGCGAAGAUCAAGACUACUCUGAUAUCGGACGUGGCGAUCUUUGCAAUGAUGUCGCGAGUUAACAAGGUCAUAAUUGGCACUCAUACUGUUAUGGCGAACGGUGGACUUCGAGCGAUCUCAGGAACGCAUACAGUGGCGCAAGCUGCCAAGCAUUAUUCUGUUCCUGUGAUGGUUCUAUUACCACUUUACAAACUAUCGCCUCUUUAUCAUUGCUCAUACAAACAGGACGGUUUCAACAAGCACGUUUCGCCAAUACAAGGAGUAGUCGACAGUGCUAAUGCACAAUUACUUGAAAAAAUACAUGCGUACAAUCCUGUAUUCGAUUAUGUUCCACCAGAUCUAGUCACAUUAUUUAUUUCGAACACGGGUGGAAAUGCACCAUCUUACAUAUAUAGAUUACUUAGUGAAUUAUAUCACCCUGAUGAUUAUGAAUUGUGAACAGUUCAGAAUUAUGUACGCAUUAUAAAAAAUGUAUAUAAAAGUCAAUAUUGGCGAUAAUAUAGAUAUGGACACUAGUGCAU